UUAUUUUGGCAACCCAAACCGGAAGUGUAUUCUUUUUUCAUAUUAUAACUGACGUUAUCUUGACGCUGGUGAGCUGUUAGCUAACAAUGAAGAGUAGCAGUUUAAACCGUACUACCAGAAUUUCCUCAACCUCUAUAAGGUUCUAACUUGCCCACUGUGACAAACUUAUGCAGAAAGCUGUUUUUCUACUAGUUCACAAGACUGUCAGUGAAGGUCUCCAACCUCUUACAACACUCGUCAGGUGUCAGCAGCUUUUGAAGGUGUGUGGAGCCUUUUCUGUUUCUUCAUGCUCUACACAUCUACUGUCACCUGUUCAUUCGCAAAAUUUUUCUGGGAAAACCCGUGAUUUUUCCUCGGUAUCCCAUAAACACAGUCUCCUCCAAAGCUCUCCUCCCUGGAUUUCCCUGCACCAGUGUUUCUGUACACAGCCAGAUAUGGCAGAACAGAGGUUCCUCGUGGAAUAUGCCAAACGCGGUACUGCAGGAUGUAAGAAAUGCAAGGACAAAAUCCAGAAGGGCAUAGUGCGCAUAGGCAAGAUUGUGCCAAACCCUUUCAGUGAGUCUGCUGGGGAGAUGAAAGAGUGGUACCAUGUGAAGUGCAUAUUUGAGAAGCUGGAAAGGGCAAGAGCCACCACGAAGAAGAUCGAGGACAUCACGGAUCUGGAGGGCUGGGAGGAGCUGCAGGAUGAAGACAAGGAGCUCAUCAAUAAACAUGUUUCAGACCUGAUGGCCAAAGUUAAUGCAAGUCCAAAGAAGAAGGUCCAGGCCAAGAUGAACACCUCCGGUCAGCUGAUGGCUCCUCCUGCUGACCCGUCUGUCAACGCUCCACGCAAGUUUUCAGGCUUCACCGCUGCAAAGGCUGGCAGCUCCAGCAGCCCUGGACCAUCUUCCUCAUCCUCCUCAUCCUCCUCAUCCUCCUCUACCUCCUCUUCGGCCAAAAGCAGCCAAGGCAGCGCUCUGUCCACUCGGCUCUGUGACCCUCAGCACAAAGACUGCCUCUUCAGAGAGUUUCGCAAACUCUGCGCUAUGGUGGCUGAAAACAACAGCUACAAUGUGAAGACACAGGUCAUUGAGAAGUUCCUGAAGAAGGGCUCGGUUGGAGAUAAGUUCCAGGGGGAUCUUUACCUGACCGUGAAGCUGCUCCUGCCAGGUGUCGUAAAAAGUGUCUACAACCUCAACGACAAGCAGAUUGUGAAACUCUUCAGCCGCAUAUUCAAAUGCAACCAGGAUGACAUGGUGCGCGAUCUGGAGCAGGGCGACGUGUCUGAGACGGUGAGGAUCUUUUUCGAGGACAGUAAAUCAUUUCCUCCAGCCGCCAAGAGCCUCCUGACCGUCCAGGAAGUAGACGCAUCCCUGACCCGCCUCGCCCAGCUGACAAAGGAGGAUGAGCAGCAGACAGAGCUGGAGGACAUCUCCAAAAAAUGCACCAGUAAUGACCUGAAAUGCAUCAUUCGUCUAAUUAAGCACGACUUGAAGAUGAAUGCUGGUGCAAAACACGUCUUGGAUGCUGUGGAUCCAAAUGCUUAUGAUGCCUUCAAGGCUUCCCGUAACCUGGGUGAUGUAAUUGAAAGAGUUUUGAGGAAUCAGCAGGAGGCAUCCAAUGGUUCGGGACCCAGAAAACUCCUCACUGUGGAGGCCACGCUUAUGACCCCCGUCCAGCCCAUGUUGGCAGAGGCAUGUAAAUCAGUCGAGUACGCCAUGAAGAAGUGCCCUAACGGGAUGUACUCGGAGAUCAAGUACGAUGGAGAACGCGUGCAGGUCCACAAGGACGGAGACGUCUUCAGCUACUUCAGCCGCAGCCUCAAGCCGGUGUUGCCACACAAAGUGGCACAUUUCAAGAACUACAUCCCUCAGGCUUUUCCUGGCGGCCACAGUAUGAUCCUGGAUGCUGAAGUCCUCCUAAUUGACACAAAGACCAGUAAACCCCUGCCCUUCGGGACCCUGGGGGUACACAAGAAAGCUGCCUUUCAAGAUGCCAACGUGUGCCUGUUUGUUUUCGACUGUAUCUACUUCAACGGUGUGAGUCUCAUGGAGAGGCCUCUGAGUGAACGCAGGAAGUUCCUCCAUGACAACAUGGUUGAAGUCCCCAACAGGAUCCUGUUCUCAGAGAUGAAGCACGUCACUAGGGCAGGAGAUCUGGCUGAGAUGAUCACUCGUGUCAUCAGGGAGGGACUGGAAGGUCUGGUGCUAAAAGACAUAAAGGGCAGCUACGAGCCGGGGAAACGUCACUGGCUGAAAGUGAAGAAGGACUAUCUGAAUGAAGGGGCGAUGGCGGACACGGCUGACCUGGUGGUGCUGGGGGCGUUCUACGGGAAAGGAUCCAAUGGGGGCAUCAUGUCCAGCUUCCUGAUGGGCUGCUACGACCCAGACUCCAAGAAAUGGUGCACAGUCACCAAGUGCUCCGGAGGCUACGAUGACGCCAUGCUGGCCAGGCUCCAGAAAGAGCUGGAUGUGAUCAAAAUCAGCAAGGAGCCCAGCAAGAUCCCCGGCUGGUUGAAAAUCAUCAAGAACUAUUAUCCAGAUUUCAUCAUCCGCAAUCCCGAGCAAGCACCCGUCUGGGAGAUCACGGGCGCCGAGUUCUCCAAGUCAGAAAUGCACACGGCUGACGGCAUCUCCAUCCGCUUUCCCCGCAUGACCCGAAUCCGCGACGACAAGGACUGGAAGAGCGCCACCAACCUGCACCAGCUCAAAGAGCUGUACCGCAUAUCGAAGGAGAACUGCGACUUUAAAGUCACCGCCGGUCCGUCCAACGAUGACAAGGGCUCUUCUGGGGGAGACAGCGGAGGAAACUCGCCGUCGUCCUCGUCCCACAGGAGCGCUCCAGCUAAGAAGACGAGCAACAGCACCCCACCCAAAGCGAAGGCGGUCAAAUCCCAGCCACGUACCCCCGCCUCACAAGCUCCCAGUGCAAAGAAGGUGAAGAAGAGCGAAAGUGUUAACGGCAACGGACAAACCAAAACAAAAGCAACCUCUGAGGUGCUGCAGCCGAGAAACGACAAGACGCUGCUGGACAUCUUCAGCGGAGUGAAGCUCUUCCUGCCCGCCUCGGUGCAGGACUUUGACAAACUGAGGCGGUACUUUGUGGCGUACGACGGGGACCUCGUUCCGGACUACGACGCCGCCUCGGCCACGCACACGCUGGCCAAACCCGACGAGGACAGUCAGGCCCAGAGAGUGUCACCCAGCUGGAUCUGGGAAUGUAUCCGCAAGAGGCGCCUCGUAGCUCCCUGCUAAUAAAGGACAGACAGAAGGAAAACACAUUUCAUACUCUGAGUUUCCUAAUCACACGUAUCUGUGUUAAACUACACCGUUUUUCAUUGUCUGUUUCAUUUGGUUGAAUCACUGCGACACCAAACAGUGUCCAUAUUUUUAGUUUCCACGGCUCUCAGGUCAUUUUUAUUUAUCCCCAUCGAGUGUUUUUUGCUUUUCUCCUCACAAACCAACAGGAGCAGCAUACUUUACGUUUUUAAUAUGUGGUGAUAGUCGGCCAAUCUCCUGAUGGUGUUUUUGAUGAAAUGAGGUCUCUUAUGUAUUGGUAGAACUUUUGUAAGAAAUCUAGAAAAGUAGUUAAAUCCAUUCAGUAAAUCAUGAAAUGCAUUUUUCACAUGAAUCACUGGGCGUACUAAACCGAAUCAAGAGAGGGGCUUUUAAUCAGCGCUGGGCACUACCUUUUACUGCCGGAGUGGAACAUUUUGUGAGGUAUUAAACGUCAGCUGGUGAACUGAAAACACACUAAUCUGUCUGCCACUGGGAAUAAACAAAAUGCUGAUGAAGAUCAUAAAAAUGUCUCGCUAACAUUUCACUUUCAUUCAUUCGUGCCUUGGAUUGCUGCUGUAAAAACAAUGUCCUCGCAAAUCAGUGAAUGGAUUUCUUAUUGCAUAACCGCCGCCUUCCCAAGCUGUGCGGAUGAUUCUGGAGAGCACUGCACAUGUUCCACAUUUCACAAAGAUCACAUGAGUGGAAUCAGUCGUUUUAAAAGGCUUUGCUCCAGAGACUCUUCCCACAAUCCAAUGCUUCUCAGAAUGGCUUUCCCUGGGAUACUUCAGGAUAUGAAGUGGCUUAAUUAAAUGAACCUAGAGCAAAAUCCACAUCAAACCUCAAAGAUUCACACCAGAAAGGACUUUUCUUGCCUCUCCUUUUCGAAAGGUGAGAAGUCUUAAUGUGAACGCUGCAGUAUCUAAAUUUGUGAUUUUCGAGGCUAAAACCCGCAGCAGCAGUCAUUCUGAUUGGAAGAACGUUUACACAUGAACUUACACUUCUGCGGAGGAUUACCGUCGCUCUCGUCAGGAAUCUGUCUCAUCCAGCUUCCUCUUUCUCGAGGACUCUUCUUCGGAGCGACUCCACCACCGCAAGUCAAAUUCUGCUUUGAUGUGACAGGGCUGUGAAGUGGAGCAGAUGACGGUGUUGAUUUAGGCUCCAGUUAAACACAACUCUGCCGCAGCUCGCUCUGUUUCAUCUGACAGACCUCUUCUUUAACGCCGGAAGAGAAAACAUACAGUUAAUGCCUCUAACCCCGACCCUAUGUUCAGUAGUAAGAAGCCAAAAAAAGCUGUUUAGAGCUAAUUCAGUACAAAAUUGGGGCUCACAGAGCAUCUCGCUGUAUCCAUGGCAACAUUUCUCCCUAUUAUUGCUGCACAAAAACCACAUGAAGAAGUCGAAACCUUCCCGGUCAAACAAAGCAGACAAUUUGAAUAUCAAAAUCAAGUUUGGUCUGUGACCAGCUUCCUCAUUUCCUGUUUUUGACUUCCUGAAAGAACAAAAAACAAGCUGUUCCAUGAUGCAUAAAUGAAUAAUAAAAUAACUGUUCUGUCUUUU